AUGGCCUCACGGUUGAGAGACUUUACUAGGAUGAACCCUUCUACCUUCUUGGGUUCCAAAGUGAAUGAAGACCCACAAGGGUUCUUGGAGAAGGUUUAUAAGAUUGUGGAGGCUAUGGGAGUUUCUUCUAAUGAGAAAGUCGAGUUGGCCGGGUUGAUGGUACAUGCUCAACAAGUGGAAGAGUCAAGGCUUAGAAAGAGGAAUAGAGAGGUGAAGAGGCCAAGGGCCGAUGAGGGAAAUGCAACUAAUGGUAAGUUUGAAGGUCAAGGUGAACCAAGGUUUAAGAAGAGUUGUGGGAAGAGUGGUCAUGUGAGGAGAGAUUGCCCUAUGUUGAAGGUUCAAGGGAGGGAGAAUAAGCAAGCUCAAGCAAGUGGGUCUAACUCCGAUGCUCCUAAGAAGAAUCACUUCUAUUCUCUCCAAUCCCGAGGUGAUCAACAGAGCUCCCCGAAUGUUGUUACCGUGUCAAGUGAGGGAAUUGAAGUAGAUCCAAAGAAAAUAGAGACGGUUAAGAAAUGGCCUAGACCCUUAAGCCCUACCGACAUUAUAAGCUUUCUGGAUUAG